CAGACAAAAGGCGAAAGAGAAACUGUAGCAUUUGCGGAAAAGAAAAAAUGCACAAAAUAACAAAAACCAAGCUGGUUAAGAUCAGAAGUGCCAACCAGGCCAAAAAAUACGGAAUUGCAGCUGUUAACCUGAAGGACCUGAUUAAAAAAGGAUGUAAUUUACUAAAGGCAUCCAGCUCCGGAGUACAGGUCUGCUUGUACGAGGAUGGGACACUAAUUACCGAGGAGUAUUUUCAAAAUCUUCCCAAUAACACAGAACUUGUUCUCCUGCCUGCAGGACAGAGCUGGAAUGGACUUGUUCAUGAAAUAAAUCAAGUCCUGGGUUUGGACAGAGACACAGACCUUCUGAUCAGUGCAGCAAAAGAUCUUCUGUCAGAUGAAAAUUCUCCCAAACGGCGCAGAAUACUGGGAGACCUUCUGAGGAACCUGAGGGACAAUUCAGAGGUGGAAAGCAGAGAAGAAGAUAAGGACUGGUUUGAAGGUAUUGAAGCCCGGUUUAAAACCAAGUCUGCUUACAUGAAGUAUAACUGUGAGAGCAGAAUCCGUGGAUAUUUGAAAGAGGUUAAUGGAUACACACAGACUAUUUCAAAUGCCAAGACAAAAAGUGAAUAUAAAAAGGUGGUGGAAAUCCUAGCAGAUAAACUUAAGGCUGCACGGUAUAAUGGCACCUAUUUUGACCGAUCGGAAAAGGACGUCCACAGGCUCUGCACUGAAGAGGGCUGGUUCACCUGCCAGGGUGCCUUUAAUGAGAACAACUGCACAUUUUUUCACUCAAUAAACCCGUACGGGAACCGCGAGAGCAGAAUCCUCUUCAGCACCUGGAAUCUGGACCACCUGAUAGAAAAGAAAAGGGCCAUCAUGCCCACACUCGCUGAGGCGCUGAAGGGCAGUAAGAGCGGUGAUAUAAACGUGGAUUAUUUCUACAAACUGCUGUUCACAAGGGAGAAUCUCAAGCUGGUUCACAUCGUCUGCCAUAAGAAAGGGGCCCAUGAACUCAGCUGUGACUCCCGAAAAAUCUACAAACGGGUCAAGAGGACUGUGAAAUGAAAGCACAUUCAUAAUCCCCUUAGGAAAUAUGCAGCUUAGUGUGAAAGUUUCAGAGUUGGUAAAUCGCAAGCACUGAUGCAAGUACUGAAAUUCUCAGGGCCAUUUUAUCUUAUGCUGUUAUAUUGUGCUUCAGGUAACUUUUUUUUAAGUUUGUUAUACACCAAUUUUUAUACCAAAACAACAUUUCUGUUUAAAUUAUGUGAAUUUUUCAGGGUUUUAUAACUUUGACUGAAUUUAUAUUUUUAUAUUUCAAUUUUUACUAGUUUAAGAACCAAAUGUCUUUGGAAAGAGUCUCUAUUUGAAUCAUGAAGCAUGUUAAGCAGCAGUGUUUGGGAUAACGCAUUACAAGUAACGCAAGUUACGUAAUAAUAUUACUUUUUUCAAGUAACUAGUAAAGUAACGCAUUACUUUUGAAUUUCUAAGAAAAUAUUUGAGUUACUUUUUCCCCCUUUAUUGAUUGACAAGUCUUCUGUCUGAAAAUUGGGAGUAAACAUGAUGUUACUGUAUUCUAGGCUAAAUGUGAACAUGCAUUAAUUAAUCUCACUCACAAAAAACAGAUUCAGUAUACCUCAAAAUGAAUAAAAACAGUGAAAUGUAAACUCAGCCUGCAAUAAUUAAAUAUGUUAAAUAAAACAAUAUGUAUUUAA